AUGCAGCGGGCGCAGCUGUUGGUGCAGCGCGACGCGCAGGUGGAAAAGCUGCGCGCAGGCGCCAUUAUGCGCCGCUCCCACGAGACAGUGCGGGACGUGGACGUGCUGCUGCUCAACGCCGAGCUCAGCCGCACGCUGGAGAUGCUGCAGGAGCAGUACAAGAAGCGUUCCGCCGAGACGGAGCAGGUGCGGGAGUCUGUGCAGGACUUCAGGCGCAAGAUUCAGGAGCAGGACAGGUUGCUGACGCAGGUGCGGGAGUACUGGCGCCGCAACGCGGCGGCUCUGAUGCGCAUGAAGAACGAAAGCAGCUGGCGCACAACGCAUGCCUUGAACUCCUCCAGCGUUGCCGGGAAUAGCAGCACAUGGAGCGGGUACACCCCUAACGCCACGUGGCGAGCGGCGGUCAGCAGCACCGCGCGCCCACAUCACAUAGCACUGCAGCCGUCGUCGCCGAAGCAGCAGCAGCAGCAACCAGGACAACAGCAAGAAUCGGCGAGCGGCACGGCGGUGGAGAUGUGGGAACGCUACCAGCCGAUCCAUGCGCUCGGUCUAGUGAGGCCGGAAGAGGUGGCGGAGUUCAUAUACAGUGUCUUUGAAGAGAUCGCAGUGGGGACGCCUGUAAGAUUGUGCGUAGAGGAGUAG